AUGGCGAACUGGCAUCCCCGGGAGAUGGUGAACUGGCAUUCCCGGGCUAUGCACGACAGGGCAGCAGCAGUCCCUCGGGAGGCGACUGCAGGAAGGGAGCCAGGACUAACUGUGGUGCUGGGAGCGACAAGCAGUCCUCCCUCGGCUGUGGUGGUGGAACCAGCAGGUAUUCUGCCUUUGCUGGUGGGGAUGAGAGCGGCAAACGAUCCUUUCAUGGAAGUGGGGGUGGAGGUGGAACCAGCAGCCCUCCAGGAGCUUCAGAUGGCCAGACUGGAGCUAGGAAGAGUACAGGAGAUGUUAAAACCCCCAGACAACCCACAGGUGAAUAACAGUUCUUCAGGGACAGCCAGUAUUGUCUCAGACAGCCCUGAUAUUGCAGCACAGCAUGAAAGCACAGACCAAGAAGAAACCAAGAACAUCAAAGUGCUGAGUGGAGAGGAAACUCAGAAGGGCCAUGCAAAGGAACAGCAGCUAGAGGGCGCUCAAGCACGGCUGGAGAUCCUAAAGGGGGCUCUGUACAAGAGGGAGAGGGAGAUUACAGAGUUUCUUCAGAGUGAAAAGAGCAGGGGGGGCAGUGGGCAAUACCCUUGCAGAGCUUUGCUGAGGACUCUUGUAGAAAAGUUUAAACAGGUCAGCGAAGAAAAUAAAAAAAUUGUGGAAAAUUACAACACUGAAAGGGUCCUGAGGAAAAAGUACUAUAACAUGGUAGAAGACAUGAAAGGUAAAAUCAGAGUCUUCUGCCGCAUAAGACCUUUAAAUAAAUCUGAAGAAGCCCGUGGAAGCCAGUUUGUUGUUGGCUGCCCAGAUGAAUAUUCUGUGACUGUGGGCUGUGCCCGUGGACUGAAAGAGUUCCAAUUUGACAGGAUUUUCAAUAGCACAAGCUCCCAGGAGGAAAUUUUUGAGGACACAAGCAGGCUAAUACAGUCAGCUGUAGAUGGCUACAAUGUGUGCAUUUUUGCUUAUGGGCAGACUGGCUCUGGGAAGACAUUUACUAUGAUAGGUGACAAAGAACUAAAAAGUCCUGGUGUGAUGCCAAGAGCUUUCAACCGGAUUUUCCAUAUUGUAGAGGAAAAUAAAACUAAAUUUGAUUUUAAGGUCUCUGUCUACAUGCUGGAGCUGUAUAAUGAACGCUUGCUGGAUCUUUUUGUAAACCCAAAUGAGGCCUUUAGCAAAAAGAUUGAAAUUAAGAAGGACAAAAAGGGUCUUGUGUUUGUUCAGGGGGCAGAGACAAAAGAGGCAGCCAGUGCUGAAAUGCUCUUUGCACUGUUUAAACAAGGCUGUAUGAACCGACAUAUUGCACCCACAAAAAUGAAUGUUGAAAGCUCCCGAUCGCACCUGAUCAUUGGAGUGACAAUUGAAAGUACAAACCUCACGAAUGGAAGUGUUACAUAUGGGAAACUCAGCCUGGUUGAUCUGGCAGGAAGUGAAAGGGCAGCAAAGACUGGAGCAAAGGAUGAGCAACUGAAGGUAAAUGGUAUAAUUAAUUUAUUUUGGAGCUUUAAUGUAGUGUUGCUUUCAUUAAUUCAUGUCUGAUCUAUAAGAACAUUUGGUACACCAGUGUGUAAGUAUUAACCUGUCCCUCUAACAACCUGGCCUCUAGUGAAUGCAAGAAAUGUCAUAUUUGGUCUAUGAUUUCUUGUCUCUUUCUGGUAGAUGUAUCUAUGUUCUUAACCCAACAAAUAUAAGAACGUAAGGUUGUGGAUGCAACCCUGGUUCUCUGAAAGAGAAAAUAGCCAUCAAUUAAUGGGUAUCGCGGUCAGGAGAUAGGGUUAUGCUGAACUUAAUAUAAAAGCUGCCUUUAGGCCUCCAUAGCUCUGAUGUCAGCACCCCGCCCCUCGGGUGCUGAAUAACUAUGCACAGCGUAGGAAGCUCGGCCUCUUUUGCUUGAGGCCGCAAGGGCUACUGAAGCAACCUCGCUGCUUGAUAGAUAUUUUCUCUUUCAGAGAACCGGGGUUGCA